AUGAAUCCAUUGCACUUACAAUCUGAAGCAACUACUAGUUCUGUACCGGAAGAUGUGAAGCAGCCAAGCCUGAAAGCACUCGGUUACCAUUUUGAUGAUCACGGUGUUAUGAGAGAUAAAAAUGAGAAGAAAUAUGAGUUCAUUGAUCAAAAAAGUUAUGAGAAAAUCGGUUCAGCUGUUACUGAAGAAAUUUAUCGAAUAAUGGAAAAUCCGCCAUAUAAUAUGGAAAGACAAUAUCUGGACGAUACAGAUAAGAAAAGAAGUGCAUUCAUUUUUCUUAGCAAAGAUUGGCAUCAGAAAGAUAAUCUUGUUGUACUUAUACAUGGCAGUGGUGCAGUUCGUGCAGGCCAAUGGAGCAGAAGGCUUAUAAUGAAUGAAAGUCUAAAUAUGGGCUCACAAUUGCCAUAUUUGCAAAUCUGCAACAGUCGGGAUUGGGGAGUGGUUGUGAUGAAUACCAACAUGAACGUAACUGACAGCGAUCCUCUUGAAGCACUUCCAGUUGGUCAUUUUUCUUUACUUUCAACAAAUAAACAGAUGGGAAGUAGAACACCCAUAGAACAUGGUAUCACUGUUUGGAAAACAUAUAUUACCAGCGCGAAAGCAAGCUCAAUUGCAGUGGUUGCACACAGUGCUGGGGGCACUGUUAUCGCUAACAUUAUAGAAAAAUAUUGGUCAAAGGAAUGGAUGAAGAGACUGAAGUGUGUAUGUCUUACGGAUGCUAUGUUCGUCUUACCAUCUGUAACUGUUAUGGAUUGGCUACCAGCAAUACAAGAUUGGCGAGCAACUCCUCAUACUGAAAUAGGACUUCGGAUAGACAAAAGCAUACAUGGAGAGUGUCCUUAUGUAACUUAUGUUAGUGCGGGAACUAACCAACAUGAAGAAACUUCGGCGGUAGCAAUUGAAGAUAUCUUCCGAUUUAUUGACAAUGUUUUGAACAUGUUGAAACCAGGUGAACUGGUUUCUGACUGGAUGCAGGCAGAGAGACUUUGUUCCCAUUUGGAAAUCGGUGAUUUGAUCGAGUUUCGACGCGUUGUCGGUAGUAUAAAACGACGCAUUUAUACGCACUGGGGAGUAUUUAUUGGUUUUCACGAUAAAAAAGCAUAUGUUGCUCACACAGGGACCGAUUUUGGCGAUUUUGGCAGUGACCUUAUUAACAGUUCUAUUGAAUCGUUGACAACCAUUAAAACAAAAUUGUCAUGUAGCAAUCAAAUACAGAUUCGUCGCGAUGAGCUAAUGACUGUUGCCAAUGGUGAUAGCUGUCGGAUAAAUAAUUCACUCGAUAAGGAGAAACGGCCGUUCCCACCGGUUAUUGUGGUUGAUCGAGCUCUACUUAUGCUUGGGAAAACUAACUACAACAUUCUGCUAAAUAACUGCGAACAUUUUGCAAAAUACUGCAGAUAUGGUUUGAAAGAAAGCAAUCAGGCAACAGUUGCCAAAAUCAUACUUGUAACCUCGGCAACAUUUUGUAUGACAGGUUCGCUAGCAAUUUCAGCAGUUGCGGGCACUCUUACUUACACAUUCAGUCGUUUUGGACGUGACAUUAAACAUUUCGUUUCAUUCUAUCCAGAUGUGUUAUUGUGA